UUGCAGUAACAUGGCCCAGCAGGAGUCACAGGUGAUGAGUUUACCUCUGCCACCAUCUCAAUACAUAAAUCUUUUUUCGGAGGAGAAUAUCAGACGCAAUAGAGCACCAAGACCACCACCACCCAUUCCAGAUGGCUACAGUAUGUUCGGUAUUCAGUAUAACAAUGAGGAGAUGAUACGCUCCCUGGAAUCACAGAACAUCAAACGACUCAUACCACUGCAUUUCGAUAGAAGAAAAGAGCUGAAAAAGCUAAAUCAUUCGUUGUUUGUGAACUUUUUGGAUUUAAUCGAUUUGCUGAUACAAUAUCCGGAUAGUCCGCGAAGAACAGAAAAGAUUGAUGAUUUGAGUUUAUUGUUUGUCCAUAUGCAUCAUUUGCUCAAUGAAUUUCGGCCCCAUCAGGCCCGUGAAACGCUUCGCGUUAUGAUGGAAACACAAAAACGUCAACGAGUGGAGACGACAACACGUUUCGAAAAGCACCUGGAACGGGUUUGUGAUAUUAUCAAUACGGCUUUUAGUGACCUGCCCGAAAUCACAGAUGACGAUAUGAGCGAUAGUGAUAUAAAAAUGGAAAUUGAUUCGCAAGAUUCAAGUAAUAACAAUAAAUCGGAUGCGGUCAAUCAACUGGAUCGUAUUAUGUGCAGUGUUAUUGAUAGCAUGGAAUAACCUCAGGUGUGGUUGGGCAUAUGUUCUGACAUUAGUUAUUAGUAGAUAUACAUAGGUUAACAACCAUUAUUUUUUUUGUAAUUUU